AUGAAGAUUCUUUUGUCGGUGCCUCUCAUGGCCAUGCUGCAUUGGGCUGACGGGCAAAUAAACCCCGCUGCACCUGGUAACCCUUCCACCCAAGAUUCAUCACUGGAGACUCACGUUCUCCUAGGAUGCGCAGCUCGUUGCUGGGAAAACACACAAUACGUGAGCAAGCGCAAAUGUGCUGGUGAUGCGGCUUGCCUUUGCUCCGAACCUGACUACCAAAAUGCGGUCUUUCAGUGUCUCUAUUCGCAGUGUGACACAGUGCACUUUGGCUCUGCCCUUCAUCACAUCAUUGCUCAGUGUUUCGGCACAGGAUCCGAAAUGCCUCUCUUUGCUGCACCACCAAUUCCGAAUCGGGAAGACCUUCGGCGACGAGAAGAAGAAUACGCAGCAGGAGCGAAACUGUACGGUUCUGGUUCUGCUGUUGGGUAUCCCACCGAAAGUGUGUCUUUCCUGACACAGAGUGCUGGAUAUGCAACCCAAAGCGUCGGUGGCAUAUACUCUCCCAGUCCUUCAUCAACACCACCGCCCUUAUUUUCUCUCGAUGCCGCUACGUCACCAGCUGUAACUUCCGCCACUCCAACAAUGCCACUAUAUAACGCAAUACCGGCCGUGACCACUGCUGGUGCUCCUCAACAAGUUUUCGUCGGAUUAGCAUCGGCACUGGGACCUGCCAUUACUUUCGUUGUUCUGGGUGUGAUCGCAACCUUAUACUUGACACUCUAA